CAGAGCCAUGUGCCCCACACUCCUCAGCCUCCUGAGUCUCGGAUUCUGUGUGAGUCUGAGGAUCUGGGCAGCUGUGGGUGAAUUUGAGAAGCCCUCUUUGUCAGCCUGGCCAAGCCCCGUGGUUCCCUUAGGACAGACUGUGACUCUCCAGUGUUACUUCCGUUCUCCACUUAAGAGAUUCAGACUGUUCAAAGCAGAUGGGACCAGUUUGUCUGAGCUCCGGGGAAAUCAUUUCAACAACUUCACCCUUGGCCCGGUGACCAGAGAACAUGCUGGGUCCUACACAUGUUCUGGAUUCUCCAGGUUUCUCCUUCUGUUGCCCAGACAGAGUGACCCCCUGCACAUUGUCGUCACAGGUGUGUUCAAAAAACCCGCCAUCUCAGCCCACCCAGGCCCCCUCGUGCAGGAGGGAAGGAAUGUGACCCUUCGCUGUCAAUCACAGCUGUUGUUUGACAAGUUUAUCCUGCACCAGGAAAACAGCACAGGGCAUUUCCAGACACGUGGAGAGACGUUCACGGGCGGGCAUUCCCCAGCUGACUUCUUCAUUGGCCCCAUGACUUUGGCGAGAGUGGGCACCUACAGAUGCUACGGCUCUCUCAGCCGCUCCCCCUAUGAGUGGUCAGCCCCCAGCGACCCCGUGGACAUCGUCAUCACAGAAUCCACUGCAAGUACUUGCCCAUCAACCAUGAAGCCACACACCACAGAAGAAGCAAAGCUUCCUCAAGGCUACUCCAGCCAGCUGCACCUUCUCCUUAGGCUAUCCGUAGCCUUCAUCUAUACCAGCAUCUUCCUUGCUGUUCUUGUCUGUCACUGGUUUCCCAAAAAAUGUUGCCAUCAUGGAAGGAGAGCCCCAGGAAGACAGAACAGUGAGCGGCAAGGCAGAUGUUUAAAAAGUCCCAUCAUCACCGAGAAUUCUUCUGGACAUUCCACUCCAGACCACUGAAGGGCUGCAGAAAGAACACUAGCCCCAAGGAGGCAUUGCGUCUGUUGUGUGAAUCCAUCGAUAUUUGCACGUUUUGUCUUCUUUGCUUCUUGUCACCAAAGCCAAGGAUUUGAGAAUCUUGUGC